AACGUGGUUGUCGUGGAGACAAGACGCCGAGCCGCGAUGUUUGCUGAGAGCGGGAGUCCCGGAAUGGAAGCUCUGCGCCCGGUAACGAAAGCCAAAUCCCAAAUCCUUGUCUGGAAGGAUGUGACGGUCCGUGACUUGGAGAGGCUGGAGCGCGCCCAGAGUGAUGACGACCUCCACAGGGCCCUUUCUGAAUGGCUGCAUGUGGAGGGCGGCCUCUGUGAGCCUCGCGCCUCGGCCCUGCGGGACCUGUAUUACUACACUGUGCGCUUCUGCUGGGACCGCGGGUUCAGCCGGGAGCAGACGUCCUGUGUGUUCUCUGUGGUGAAGGAGACGCAUGCGGCCUGUGUAGGGUCACCGCUAGGAAAUGUUGCCGAGUGUUACCGCCACUUCCAGGACUUGCUCCUGUGUCACGCUGUGCAUCGGCCUCCGUCCAGCAUCAGCCUGUUCUCCGCACAGCAGCUUCUGCACAUAUCCGACUAUAUGGUGACGACCUAUUUCCGCCACUUCAAGCUGUAUAAAUACGUGUUUACUCCUCAGGUGAAGUUAGACCUCGCAGUCACUUAUGACGGAAGGUGAAGACUGGCACCGCAGAGGGAGAUAAUGACCGGAGACUGAGGCGCUGCAGCGGGAGAGCCAAGGGAAUCGGCCAUGCGAGGAGUCUUCACCGCCUUCCAUCAGCGAGACGCCCGUGAAAGCGGACCUCCGACCAUCACCUGACGCCUCGGGGGCAUCUCUUCUAUUAUUAUUGCAGUCGUCCUCAUUACACAUCCGUCUGCUCCGUCAGUAAGAAGUGGUCACCACUCUCCGGCGUCACAGCCAGAAAAACUGUUAACCCUUUCUGACAGAUUGGCUCAAUAAUUUUAAUAAAGGCCAAUUGA